CUCACCUCCAACUCUUCCCAAUUGUUGGGUCCCUCGUCAACCAUGUUGUCAACGUCGUUACGCCGGGCCGCAUGGGCGCCUCUGUCCGGCAUACCUCGUUCCGCCCAGAAUAUUCCUUCGACCGGUCUGCUCGGUGCGACCCGACAUGUGCACCAGCGCCGAUACUCCUCCUCCAAGCCGCCGGUCCCGCCCAGCGAUGGCUCCCGUCGCCUGGAUACCUCGACCCCGGCAAAGGGGGUGAACUCAUCCGGUGAGAAGGGCAAGACGACCCGCCGCCGUGGGAAGGACAACGGUGCCCGCAACGGGUCUUCGAAGGCUAGCCAGCAGGACGCCGCAUUUUCGAAGCUUCCCAGUGUCCCCUCGACACAGCACCGACAGCCACAUGACGUCCAUGUCGCUUCGUUCUUCUCCAUUCACCGCCCCAUCUCCGUGACCACCACGGUCCCUCCGACCUCGUCCACCGAAGCCUUCGAUGCGAUCUUCUCGUCAAAGAAGUUCCUCAAGAAUGAGCCCGACGAUGUCAUCUUCACCCUUUCCUCGACAGCUCAGAACAUGGAGUCCAUGGCCAACGGUAUGUCCGAGCCCGAAGACCAGUUCGGCCAGCUCCAGCGGAGCUUCACGAGCGAUCCAAAUGGAGACCUCCAGAUGCUCGAUGGUGCCGAGGCCAAGAUGUCCGUGGAGGAGUUCGUCCGACGCCUGCGUCCGUUCCACCCUCCUCCGCCUCCGAUCCCCAUGGACAUGAACCCUAGCUCCGACGCCAUGGAGUCCCAAGCCCAGAACCAGCACGAGACUUCGACCUACUCGACCGUGUUGACGAUUCGGGAAACUCGCAACUCCGAUGGUCGCAAGACCUACGAGGCUUCUACCGGUCCCUUUGUCCGCGACAUGGAGGACCCUGAGCACGAGGGCAUCACCAUCGACGCACCCAGCGGCUCGGCCUCGGGCAUGACCUAUGUUGAACGUCGUCGCCACAACCAGACUAUCCACGCCAUCAGCACCAAGCGCCGCCGCAAGGUCAAGAUGAAGAAGCACAAGUUCAAGAAGCUGAUGCGGAGAACGCGCACUCUUAGACGGAAACUCGACAAAGCUUAGACUGCUCUUUCGCUUUUCCAUUUUGCUUUUCUCGUUCGGUUUAUCGGAUGCAUCUAUGGCCCGCGUCUUUGCAUAGUCUUGGGUUGAGGCUUAGUGUUGUCUGACUUUCAGGGCAUAUAUCCUACUUAUUAUCGUACAUUGCGAAAUUCUCUUUUUUUUUUC